GUCUAAACGUCCAGUGCCAGUUUCAAGCACAGCACCCAGAAUUGAAUCUCCCAGGGCUGUAAUUCCCCACCAGCAGGUCGUAACCAACACGGCUGCCAACAAGGAGUUCACGGAGCGUUUCAACCCCAAUGUCCUGAAGGACUCUGCCCUGUCUACACACAAACCCAUUGAGGUGAAAGGCUUGGGCGGCAAGGCUACUAUAAUUCACGCCCAGUAUAACACCCCGAUCAGCAUGUAUUCCCAGGAUGCUAUCAUGGAUGCAAUUGCAGGCCAGGCACAAGCCCAGGGUGGAGAAUUUGCUAGUACCCUCCCUAUUAAAGAUCCUCAUGUAGACAGUGCCUCUCCAGUCUAUCAGGCCGUGCUUAAAACUCAGAACAAGCCUGAGGACGAAGCCGAAGACUGGACUCGCCGUUCUGCCAACCUCCAGUCGAAGUCCUUCCGCAUCCUGGCCCAGAUGACUGGAACGGAGUACAUGCAAGAUCCAGAUGAAGAAGCCCUGAGGAGGUCAAGGGAAAGGUUUGAAACGGAACGUAACAGCCCACGCUUUGCCAAAUUGCGCAACUGGCAUCAUGGCCUGUCAGCGCAGCUCCUUAACGUUAAAAGUUAA